AUGGCGUCAGGAGUCCUUGCUGGAGCUCUCCUUGAAGAGGCCGAACGUUUACUAGACCGUGGAAUUCAUCCGAUCAAAAUCGCUGAUGGAUUCGACCUCGCUUGCAAGAAGACGUCGUUAGGAAGCAAAGUGGUGAAUCGAUGUAUUCGUAAGUUUGCUGAGAUUGCCGUAGACGCGGUGCUAUCGGUGGCCGAUCUGGAAACUCGCGAUGUGAACUUUGAAAUGAUCAAAGUUGAAGGAAAGGUUGGUGGCCACCUCGAGGACACAGUACUUGUGAAAGGAAUUGUUAUCGACAAAACGAUGUCGCAUCCCCAAAUGCCAAAAGAACUAAAGGAUGUAAAGGUUGCCAUACUGACCUGCCCGUUCGAGCCACCCAAGCCGAAAACCAAGCAUAAGCUCGAUAUUACUUCCAGUGAAGAUUUCAAAGCUUUACGUCAAUAUGAGAAGGAAACCUUUGAAAAUAUGAUUAAACAGCGCAUAUUCCGUUUUUUUACAGUCAAAGAUAGUGGAGCCACAUUAGCAAUUUGUCAGUGGGGAUUCGAUGAUGAGGCUAACCAUCUCCUGCAUCACCAUCAGCUUCCAGCCGUUCGCUGGGUGGGAGGACCAGAAAUCGAACUCCUAGCUAUCGCUACGAAUGGCAGAAUCGUGCCCAGAUUCUCGGAACUGUCUCCUUCGAAGCUUGGCUCAGCUGGCCUUGUACGGGAGAUCACCUUUGGAACAGCACGCGACCGUAUGUUGUCCAUUGAACAGUGCCCGAAUAGCAAAGCAGUCACUAUAUUUGUUCGUGGAGGCAACAAAAUGAUUAUUGAUGAGGCAAAGCGUUCGAUUCACGAUGCCCUUUGCGUAAUCCGUAAUUUGGUCCGAGAUGAUCGUAUUGUGUAUGGAGGCGGUUCUGCGGAGACAGCAUGUGCUAUCGAGGUGGCAAAGGAGGCAGAUAAGUCCUAUAGAAAUGAAGCAGCCACAGCAGUAUGCGCGUUCCGUGCCUUUGCCGAUGCCUUAGAGGCGAUUCCUAUGGCGCUGGCUGAGAACAGUGGUCUGGGCCCUAUCGAUGCAAUUACCGAUUUGAAGGCGAAACAAAUUGAGAUGGGUAAGCCAUACCUAGGGAUCGAUGCGCUCUUCAGUGGGACAAAUGACAUGAAAGAGCAGAAAGUCAUCGAAACUCUGCUUUCGAAGAAGGAACAGAUUUCCCUUGCCACGCAGGUUGUUCGUAUGAUUCUGAAAAUUGAUGAUGUGAGAGUGCCCGACGACGAACAUCAGCAGGGCUAUUAA